AUGGUCUUUCUCUCCAAUUGCAUCUAUAGAAACGACUGGAGGUGCGACUUUCACCCGGAGAAGUGGGCAUGUGCGGCGGUAGGGGACGGACUCAAAAGGAAUGUGAGGAGAAAAGCUAUGAGGUCCAAAAUGCGCGUUACUCAGAAUCAACACCGUUUGGCUGAGAUACGAGAGUCUCUUAUCUCACAGUUGAUAAAGUCUACUUCAGAGGGCCCAGAUUCUGAGUGUUCUUUGAUCUCAUUUGCGGCAGAAACGGUCCUAGCAUCAUAUGCGUCCCAGCAACCAUCUAAGAUAAUCAUCAAUGGUCUCAGGGCGAGCUACAAUUUGAGUGCUGCACUACACUCCCUGGACCUAUGGGCUCUCAGGCAGAUGUGUUCGGGACAGAUUGUUCGUCAGUACUCAUUUGGUACCACAAAGUAUAGGCUAUGGCAGUUUACAACGGCUAAUAGUGAACUCCUCACACCCAUUUUUGAACGAGUUUGCUGGGCAUUGCAGCCUGGACCAGAGACCAGGAGAAUAAGGGCCGUCCCCAUAAUAACAGCUCACACUACCUACAAUCUAGUGAUUCAAAGAGAGUUUGAGGGAGAAAACAUUGUGCUCAGUCUUCAAACUGGCUAUUGCCCCGAAAACCUGCCCAUUGACAGGUGCUCAGAAUACGUCUACUUAGCGGACUCAGCAGACGUCCACGUAACGAACUCAGCAAGAGUAGAAGACGCCAUCGACAAGAACUCAGCAAGAGCAGCAAGAGCAGCAAGAGCAGAGAACGCCAUCCACACGGCCGCCAGCUUAGUGGCAAAGGUAAUGAGAGAAUAUCAGAAGACCAAACCAGAUCCUGAGUGGACAUUGAGAGGAUGCAACGUGGUCCAUUGGAAGACCGAACUAGAUCCUGAGUGGACAUCUGUAAGGAAGUGGGGAAAUUUCAGUCCACAUACGGAUGUAAACCAGAAUCACCCAAAGACCAUGUAUGACACUUCUACAGAUAUGGACCUCAGUAGUAGUAGUGGUAACUAA